CGCAGGGCAAGUUUUGCCUCUGUAAGACAGUCAAGCAUGGAGACUCCUCCCAAUGCCACCCCACAGCCCUUCAGACAGCCGAGUUUUCUCAAUCGAAGGUUGAAGGGUUCCAUCAAGAGGGCCAAAAGUCAGCCCAAACUGGACCGAACCAGCAGCUUCAGACAAAUGAUUUUGCCCCGGUUUCGUAGUGCCGACCAAGAGAGGACACGAUUGAUGCAGAGCUUCAAAGAAUCCCACUCCCAUGAAUCCUUGCUUUCUCCUAGCAGUGCUGCGGAGGCUUUGGACCUAGUUUUGGAUGAAGAUGCCAUAAUUAAACCUGUCCACUCUAGCAUUUUAGGACAAGAGUACUGCUUUGAGGUGACCACCAAUUCAGGGACAAAAUGUUUUGCCUGCCGUUCAGCUUCAGAGAGAGACAAGUGGAUUGAAAAUCUGCAACGAGCUGUCAAACCUAACAAGGACAACAGCAGACGGGUGGACAAUGUGCUCAAGUUGUGGAUCAUUGAAGCUCGAGACCUUCCAACUAAAAAACGUUACUAUUGUGAGCUCUGUCUGGAUGACAUGCUGUACGCCCGCACCACCAGCAAACCUCGGACUGACACCGUUUUCUGGGGCGAGCAUUUUGAAUUUAACAAUUUGCCUACCAUUCGUAGCCUUCGAUUACACCUCUACAAGGAAACUGACAAAAAAAGACGCAAGGAGAAAAGCACAUAUCUUGGCCUUGUCAGCAUCCCUAUCUCCAGCAUCACGGGCCGGCAGUUUGUUGAGCAGUGGUACCCGGUGAUACAGUCCAGUGUCCUGUCCAAAAGUGGUGGUGUUGGAAGUGCCAAAGUGAUCAACGCCUCACUACGUGUCAAGUCUCGCUACCAGACAAUGAACAUUCUCCCGAUGGAGCUGUACAAGGAGUUUGCCGAAUACAUUACCAACAACUACCGAACACUGUGUGCAGUCCUGGAGCCACUGUUGAGUGUGAAAAGCAAAGAGGAGGUGGCGUUUGCUCUGGUGCACAUCCUACAAAGUACAGGGAAGACAAAGGAGUUCCUGUCUGACAUGGCGAUGUGUGAGGUGGAUCGAUUCAUGGACCGUGAGCACUUGAUCUUUCGUGAGAACACGCUAGCGACAAAAGCUGUGGAAGAGUACCUCAAACUGAUUGGUCACAGAUACCUCAAGGAUGCUAUAGGGGACUUCAUUCGAGCCUUAUAUGAGUCUGAGGAGAACUGUGAGGUGGAUCCCAUGCGUGUCCCGCCGUCGGUCCUCGCUGACCAUCAGGCCAACCUUCGCAUGUGUUGUGAGCUGUUACUGUGCAAGAUUAUCAACUCUCUCUGCAUAUUUCCCCGGGAGCUGAAGGAAGUUUUUGCUUCGUGGAGGGCCAGAUGUGCUGAGCGUGGAAGAGAGGAUCUCGCAGACAGCCUCAUCAGCUCCUCCCUGUUUCUCCGCUUCAUGUGCCCGGCCAUCAUGUCCCCCUCUCUGUUCAACCUAAUGCAGGAGUACCCUGCUGAGCGCACGUCCCGCACCCUCACACUCAUAGCCAAGGUGAUGCAGAACCUGGCCAGUUUCAACAAGUUUGGACCUAAGGAGGAGUACAUGUAUUUCAUGAACGAGUUCCUGGAGAUGGAGUGGGGCUCCAUGCAGCAGUUUCUCUAUGAGAUUUCCAACAUGGAAACCGGAGGAAACGCUGGAGGGUUUGAGGGCUACAUUGACCUUGGCAGAGAGUUGUCCAUGCUCCACAGCUUACUGUGGGAAGUCAUGGGCCAGCUUAGCAAGGAUGCUAUUCUCAAACUCGGACCCCUACCACGGCUGCUGAAUGACAUUAGUGUCGCCCUGAGGAACCCGCAGCUCCACAUGCCUACCAAUCACCAGCCAGACCGACCGAAGGACAGACUCUUCUCACGGCCGUCUUUCAAUCGUCUUAUGUCCUCUGACUUCCAAAGCCUUAUGAUGCGUGACUUAAACAGUUCAAUAGACAUCUCUCGCCUGCCAUCCCCUACGACUGGAGUCUCAGCUGUAGAAUCCCUCUCAUCUAAUCUGAACAUGAGGCGUCAAGCAGAACGAGACCUCCGCUCGUCGUCGAGGGAAGUGUUCUAUGUGACCCGCCCGCCGCUGGCUCGAUCCAGCCCCGCAUACUGCACCAGCAGCUCGGACAUCACUGAACCUGAUCCAAAGGUCCAUAGUGUGAAUAAAAGUGUGUCUAUGAUGGAUCUUCAGGACUCCCGUAUGAACAGCAUUUCCAACCUGAACUCUGUGGGAGACAUGCUCACCUCCUCUCAAGCCUCCAUCGCUGGCCUCGGUCACAGCUUCGGGAACCUCUGCGGCCCUCUUCGUAUGGGAGGACAUAUGCCAGCGGGCUCAUCGGGCUCCGGUUUGAGGCUGAGCCAGAUGGGCCACAUAGGGGGACCCACAGAAUCCAUCUCUCAACAGCAGCAGCAGGCAGCAGCGGCCAUGCACUUCCCCCUGUCUUUCCAGAACCCGCUAUUCCAUCUGGCUGCCCAGAACUCCCCAGCUCAGUCUCAGCCCCAUCCCCCUCCACUUCUCCUUGCCCCUGAGCCCGAGAAUGGCCACCACGACUAUCAGCCGGCCUUUGGCAACAAUGCUUUCUCCCGCAGCGAGGACUUGUCCGGCCUGCGGUCACAGAGCAGUCUGGUGCAGCCCAGCAUUGUCCACUCACACAGCUACAGUGAUGAUUUCACCCGGCAGAAUCAGAGCAAUGACUACGCCUGGCACCAGCUGUCACUGCAGGUGCAGGAGUCUCUGCAGCAGCAGCACAUGAUGGGAGUCGCAUCUCAGACGGCCACUGGGACGGGCACUCCUGCCUCUUUGGCCACACCACCUACUACAGUUCACCAUGUCCGCCAGACAUCCAUUGCCCAGCCACAACACCUCAAGUCACAGCGGUCCAUUAACACUCCAGCCACCGCCACACCUCCGAAGGUUCGGCCGCAGAGCAGGAACCUCCUUCUCGACUCUUCUGACACAAACUUCAGUGGCAGUCAGCCGAAACAUCGCCAAACUCAGCAGCAGGCACAUCAACAACAACAACAACAACAACAACAACAGCAGCAGCAACAGCAACAGCAACAACAACAACAGCAACAACAGGACUCACAGCUUUCAGUGACAGACAGUCCAGCUCCUGGACUCCCGUACCAGACGAGCUCUGCCAAAGAGAACCAGGGUCCGUCAGCGGCUGCAGAGGGGUCAACAGACACACCCACAAAAAGUACCAAGAAGUCUCAACCAUCACAGCUGCAGCCGCCACAGCAGCAUCUGCUCAAACCAGGAAAUAAACAGGGUUCUCAGUCGACUCUGAAUACCUCGGCCCUCAACGAACGGACAGUCGCCUGGGUGUCCAACAUGCCUCACCUCUCUGCUGACAUAGAGAGUCUGCGGCCAGACCGUGAGGGCCAGCUGAAAGAGUACUCUAAGAGCAUGGAUGAGUCAAGACUAGAGAGGGUUAAAGAGUACGAAGAAGAGAUACAUUCCUUGAAAGAGCGGCUGAAGAUGUCUCAUCGCAAGCUUGAAGAAUAUGAACAGAGACUUAUGUCGCAGGAACAGCAGACAAGCAAGAUCCUAAUGCAGUAUCAGAACCGCCUGGAAGACAGUGAACGCCGUCUAAAGCAGCAGCAAAUGGAGAAGGACUGUCAAAUCAAAGGCAUCAUCACCAGACUCAUGGCUGUGGAAGAUGAGCUGAGAGGGGGUGCCAUUCCUGAUAUUAAGCCUCGAAUCCUCACAGACCAGUCUAUCUGCCAGGGCUAUGGUGGCCACCCAGGAUCCUGACUGUCAAUUCCAAAGUGACCAGAGUUCAUGAUGGUCACUCGAGUGUAAGAAGACUGAUUCUGAUCCUCCUACAAAAACCCAUGAAGAGACGCUCUGUAGUGGAUCCAGCAGGACCACUGGAGGCUUCAUCUCACAACCUUCUUAAAAAAAAAACAAAAAAAAAACUUUGCACAUAU